CGAGCAGUGUUGGAGAGAUUGAGAGAGAUUGCGAAGAACAGGUUAAGCUUUGGCACAGUGGCGUAGAUGAGGCUCUUCUGGAGCACACUGCUGAUCUCCAUCUCCAACUUCAACUUCGGCUUCAACACGGGCGUCAUAGCAGGUACCGGAAGAACGCAGGCGCGGGGUCCGUACGCAAACAACAGCUGAUGCGGCACAGUGCACAUUGUGUUUCCUUCAGGCGUGAUCUUACUCAUCACGGAGGACUUCCCCCAGCUGGCCUCGCCGCUAUGGUCCGGCCUUUUCGCCGGCUCCAUCCUGCUGGGCGGCAUCACCGGCGCACUGGUGUCGUUCCCCGCCGCCGACCUGAUGGGCCGCAGGAAGACGCUCCUGUACACCAACCUGUUCUAUUUGGCUGGGCCGGUGCUGUGCAGCGUGACCCCGCCAUGCCCGGCAGACGCUAGCACGGCGACAUUUGUGGCCCUCCUCGGCAUGCUGCUGGUGACGCGAUACCUGACGGGCAUCGGCGGUGAGCGAGGGAGGGAUGGGUAGGUGUGAUCAUUCACGCGCGGCUGCCUGGCCUGUCGUCCGUUUGGUAUAGUUGGAGUCACUUGUGCAUUGGCGAAUCUGUAUGUGUCGGAGAUCAGCCCUGCCAAGAAAAGAGGUCAGAUGAUAUGCCCCGUAUACAUGGCUGGAACAACCAGACACGGACGCCAUCAGGCGAAUGAAUCAUCUUCUCUUGUCUGCUGCUGGGUCAGGUGCAUUGGGUGGCAUCGCUCCGCUGAUGGGCACGUUGGGCAUAGUCAGCUCCUACAUCGCGUGUGCCCUGCUGCCGCUGACGGGCCUCAGCUGGCGAUUUGUAGUCCUCGUACCGGUCCUCCCUGCACUGCUGCAGCUCUACUGCAAAUCGUAAGCCACAGCUCGUAAGGGAACAUAGGAUGUGCAUGUGUGUCGUGUCCAUUUGUCCUCAGCUAUCUGUGUGAGUCUCCCCGUUGGCUGCUGAUGACCAACCAGCUGCCGCGAGCCAUCCAGACGCUCACAUGGCUGCUGGCAGAGGAGCCCUCCCUCUCCCCCUCCCCAGCCCCCCCUCGCCCGGCCCCGUCAGCCGCCCCGCCAUCGGGCGCUGACCCCUUCCCGCACACCAAGCCGCCAUACAGAUACACGCAGGUCGGCUCACAGGACGACGCGAGCCCCGAGGAGGCAGGCAAUGGCAUAGGGAUCUCGCCGCUCGUGGCCGUCGAGCUGAGGCGCAUUCAGGAGGAGCUGCUGACGCUCAAGAGCCACGCAUCCGACCUGAACAUUGAGGAGGUUGGCACCGAGAGCGAGGAGCCGUCCCCCUCACCCAGACCGGCGGCUGCCUCUGACGCCACGUCGAGCACGGGGGCGGCAUCCACAGCGGCCACAGCAGCCACAGCAGCGCACCAGCACCAGCAGCCGCACCAGCCGCCUCAGCGCGCCAAGCGGAAGACCUCUCCCACCCCCACCCCUUUGGGCCACGAGUCCCCCCACGCAGUAGCACUGAGUGGCGACGAGGGCCCCUCUGCUGGCGUGACGGCCGUGAGACUGCCACCAUCAGACAACGGGGUGCUCAGCGGCAGUGACGACACGUCGCCAAGAUAUAGGGGGGAGCGAGCAUCUGCAGGCAGCACCAGGUGUUUCGGGCGGCGAGGUCAGAGGGGAGAGGCGGGUGGGAGCGGCGUCGGCGGCCGGGAGCGUGUGCCCAGCGGGCAGGUGGAGGAGAGGGUGCGGAUGCGCGAGGUGUGGAGCGCCAAAUAUCGGAGGCCGCUCUUCGUGGCCAUCGCACUCAACGCUCUGCAACAGGUGAGUGAAGUGAGUGGACAUCCCUUUCAUGUAUGUACGUCGUCCUGUCAUCUAUCUGAUAUGUGUGUGGGCAGCUUUCCGGCAUCAACGCGAUAGUCUAUUACGCCCCCGAGGUGUUCAACAGGGUGGGGUUCGACAAGACGACCAGCGUUCGAGUGACGGCCGUCGUGGCCUCCUUCCAGCUGGUGAUGCUCUACCUGGUCGUCAAACUCAUCGACAGAGUCGGCCGCAAACCCCUAGCAUACCUAGGGCUCACAGGCAUGUCAGUCAGCCUGCUCCUCAUCGCACUCGCAUUCGCCAUCGAGCCACCCCUCAACCCCCCGCACGGGCCGCACCCGCACCCACUCACCUCGGUCCACCUGCACACCAACAUGACGGCCAUCGUGCCGACUGAGAACGGCACUUUUUCGUCGGGGCUGAAAGGGCUGCCGCCACUGCGGGUCGGUGACCUUGAGAUGCUGGCGGGGGUCGGCAAUGGGACAGGGAAGGAGAGCGAUGGUGAUGGUCUUGGGUAUGAGGGAGGUCUGCUUGGGGCGGUGGGUGAGUUUGUGGGUGCGUCGGCUCUGGCGGUGGUGGGGGUGCUGUCGAUGAAACUCUUCUUCUCGCUGUCACUGGGUGAGCGACAGGGUGGGGGGUGGGGGAAGGGUGGGUGAGGGGAUGGCUGACAUGUGAGCCUCCCUGUGUUGUGUGGUGUUGUGUCGGUAUUGUAUUGUGUUGUGUGCAGGUCCUUUGCCGUACAUCAUAACAACGGAGCUCUUUCCCAGCCGCGUGCGGGCAGCUGGAGGUGAGCAAGACAAGACCACACCGCAUACCAUCUAUCUUUGUGGCCUGCGUCUCUCUGCCCACUGGUUUUGUCUGUAUGUAUUUGUCUGCAUGUAAUGUGUGUGUUAGUGUCGUCGGCGUGGGUGUUCAACUGGCUGUUCAACUUCGUGGUGACGUUCGCCACCCCCAAGUGCCUGGAGGUGGUGCCCUCCCUCACCUUCGUCUCAUUCGCCGUCUUCGCUCUCCUCUCACUGCCAUUCAUCAUGCUAUAUCUGCCUGAGACAAAGGUAGGUCCGCACACACGUACACACACAGCUGUGGGGAGACAGACAGAUUGGUUGGCCGUUUGUUCUCGCGCUGGCUGUGUGCAGGGCAAAACGUUAGAGGACCUCGGGAGAAUGACGGCCAAGUCAUGAUGCAUGGAUGGAUGGAUGGAUGGAAUUGUGUGUGCCUGGACGGCGGUGUAUGUGUGUGUGUGUGUGUGUGUGUGUCAUGGUGUGUAGCAUGUGUACAAAGAGAGCAAUUCGGUGUGUCGGUGUCUGUCUGUCUCUGUGGUUGGGCCAGCCAGACAUGAUUGAUGUAUGUGUUGGAUGCCUCCCUCUUUCGCGCGAGAGAUGUAGAGUAAGGACAUACAUGUCUUUUGUGUGACUGGCUUGACUUGUGCUGUGCUGCCAGUGUGCUGCCAACGGAUUGUUACACCAGCUACGACCACCUCACUCCCACCAUACAGGCAGGUCUGCCCAUUCCACAUGCAUGCAGG